AUGGAGGGCCAGUUUCCACUCCAUUUCUCGUGGAUUGUUGAAGACGAGUUAUGUGCCCUUGCCUUCCCUCAUCUGAAGGACAACCUGAGAUAUCUGGUGUGUAACAAUGUAGGAUAUUUAGUCUCGCUGACUGCGGAAAGAAGUCCGGAUAUCCAAGGCUUUGAAGACGUAAUUUUUCCAGAUUUGGAAUUGGUAACGAUCGGAAUCAAAGACUUUACGGCACCAAGCCUGGAACAAGUCAAGAUAUUUCUACAGAUAAUGGAACAGGGUAAACAAAAUCGAAAGGCAGUUGCUAUCCAUUGUGCUCACGGUAAAGGCAGGACAGGUACAAUAGCCGCCUGCUACCUUGUGAAAACGUAUGGUUUGACGUCACAGCAAGCGCUAGAUAAAGUUCGACAACUCCGACCUGGUUCAGUAGAAACCGUUACUCAGGAACAAUUGGUAGCUGAAUUUGAAACCUGGUAUAAAGACAAAUUAUUAUGA